UAAAGGAAGCAACAGUCGGCGCUUCCUUCAUACAACAAGUUCAUUCUGCAGCUGCUGCUCUCUUUCCUCUCUGACAACCUGAUUUGAGGGAUUUUUUUUGUUUUGUUUUGGAUUCCAGGAGGCACGCAUUCUUCAUCCGUUGCUUGGUGGUUGGGUAAAAAAAAAAAAUGUCCGGGAGCAACCAAGAGAAGAAGUAUGGGUCGGGAAACCCUCAAAAUCCCCCUGGAAGCUGCCUUCCUCAGCCAUGUGACCUACCUGUCCAUGGUUCUGGUCCCUGCCAGGGACAAGGACAGAAACAUGGAGGGCAUGAUCAUGGACAUGACCAUGGACAUGGACAUGAUCAUGGUCAUGGACAUGGUCAUGGACAUGAUCAUGGUCAUGGACAUGGGCAUGGGCAUGGGAAAAAGACCAAGCACAAAAAAGGUCACAAGCAUGGCAAGUGUCACAAGAAAGGAAAGUCUUGUCAUGGGUCCUCCAGCAGUUCCUGCAGCAGCGACUCCGACUAGAUGACCAGGUGCACGGGAGUAAGGAUGAACGCUUAAGUCGUCAUCACGUCUUUUUGUGACAGAUAUAUAUUUUUUUUUUCUUGGCUGUAAUUACAAACUUUGCAAACGACACAAUACACGUUUUGCUACAUUCUUGUUUGUUUUACCAGGAGCUUGUUUUUGUGAGUCUUGGUUGUACGUCACAAGCACGUUCAUAUAUUCUAGGUUGUUUCGCUUACUUCAAAAUCAUGCAAAAGAUAAAUAAAAAAAUGUAUCUGUUGUA